AUAUUCAUACCUUUCAUACGCAAUCAUGCUCGCUGCUGUCGUGUCUUCUGCCGCUGCUGCAGCUCUGCGCACUCCUGCCUGGACUGUUGCUGCUGCUGCUGCAAUCCGCGCAUCGUCGUCCAGCGCAUCGUCAUCGUCCUCAUCGUCGUCGCUGCCGAAGGGCAUGGGCGGCGUGCGCAUCUACGACAACGCGGCCGACGCAGUCAAGGACAUUCCCCAUGGCUCCAAGCUGCUCGUCGGUGGCUUUGGGCUCUGCGGCAUCCCCGAGAACCUCAUCAGCGCACUCCGCGACACCCGCGUCUCUGGCCUCACGGUCGUCUCCAACAAUGCCGGUGUCGACGAUUUCGGCUUGGGCACGCUGCUCAAGACCAAGCAGGUCAAGCGCAUGAUUGCGUCGUACGUCGGCGAAAAUGCCGAGUUUGAGCGCCAAUACCUCAGCGGCGAGCUCGAAGUUGAGCUGACCCCUCAGGGCACGCUUGCCGAGCGAGUGCGCGCUGGAGGCGCUGGUGUUCCCGCCUUCUUCACGCCGACUGCGUACGGCACGAUUAUUCACCAGGGUGGCACGCCUAUCAAGUACAACAAGGACAAGACUGUUGCCAUUGCGUCCAAGCCACGAGAGUCGCGCGAGUUCAACGGCAUCAACUACAUCAUGGAGGAGGCCAUUACUGGCGACUUUGCGUUGGUCAAGGCGUGGAAGGCCGACACUGCAGGCAACCUCAUCUUCCGCAAAUCCGCUCGCAACUUCAACCCGCCGAUGGCACGCGCCGCGAAAGUCACCAUUGCCGAAGUCGAGGAAAUUGUGCCCGUCGGAACUUUUGAUCCCGACCAAGUCGACGUUCCCGGCGUGUACGUGAAGCGCGUGGUUUUGGGAGCAAAGUACGAGAAGCGCAUUGAGCGCCUGACCCUGAGCAAGGAGGGAGGAAUCUCCUCACCCGGUGGCAAGGGCUCCGAGAUGCGCGAGCGCGUCGUCAAGCGCGCUGCGCAAGAGUUCCAGGACGGCAUGUACGUCAAUCUCGGCAUCGGCAUGCCCAUGCUCGCCAGCAACUACAUCAAGCCCGGCCGCACCGUCUUCCUCAUGAGCGAGAACGGCAUUCUUGGCCUGGGACCCUUCCCCAAGCCUGGCGAGCAGGACGCCGACCUGAUCAAUGCCGGCAAGGAGACGGUCACUGUUCUCCCCGGCUCGUCCUUCUUUGGCUCCGACGAGUCCUUUGCCAUGAUUCGCGGUGGCCACAUUGACGUCACUGUGCUCGGCGCCAUGCAAGUGUCCCAGUUUGGCGAUCUUGCCAACUGGAUGAUUCCCGGCAAGCUCGUCAAGGGCAUGGGCGGCGCCAUGGAUCUCGUUGCGUCCCCCGGCACCAAGGUCGUCGUCACCAUGGAGCACACCUCCAAGGACGGCUCUCCCAAAAUCCUCGAGACCUGCUCGCUUCCCGUGACUGGUCGUCGAUGUGUUGACAUGAUCAUUACCGAGCUGGCUGUUUUCGACGUCGACGAGAAGACUGGCUUGAUUUUGAAGGAGGUGGCGCCGGGUGUCACUGUUGAGCAGGUCCAAAAGUCGACGGGCGCCAAGUUCACCGUCUCCAAGGAUCUCAAGGAGAUGACUGUUGAAUGAGCGUAGCAUUGUGCCGAUUUUGUGAUUUUAUCCCACUUUUCACACUGCCGACGUAUUAAUACAGUAAUUUUAACGCC